UUUCGAAGACUACAAGUAAAGCCUCAACAAGACAAAACCUACCCAACGUGACUAAAACCACCAACUCUUAUAUGAGCCAAAACAGAGACACGCUUUUCUUGUAAUAAUUGUCACUUUCUUCCAACUAGUAAAUGACACAUUAUUGAAAGUUUAUUACGGCAUUAAGAAAGAGUAGUUGUCAGACAACGAACACGAGGGUCAAGAGAGAAAUAGAGCUUAAGCAAUUGAGAAAAUGGAAGCGAAGAGAAGGAUAGUGUUGGUUCCAGUUCCAGCACAAGGCCAUGUUACUCCAAUGAUGCAGCUUGGCAAAGCCCUGAACUUGAAGGGCUUCUCAAUUACAGUUGUUGAGGGACAAUUCAACAAAGUAAGCUCUUCUUCUCAAAACUUUCCUGGUUUUGAAUUUGUUACCAUACCAAAGAGCUUACCAGAGUCUGUACUUGAGAGACUCGGACCGAUCGAGUUUUUGAUAGAGCUCAACAAAACCAGUGAGGCAAGUUUCAAGGACUGUAUAGCUCAGUUGUUGCUGCAACAAGGAAAUGAUAUUGCUUGUAUCAUCUACGACGAAUUCAUGUACUUCUCUGGUGCUGCAGCUAAGGAGUUCAAGAUUCCCAGUUUCAUCUUCAGCACUUCAAGUGCUAUCAAUCAAGUUUCCCGUUGCGUUUUAAGCAAACUCAGUGCCGAGAAGUUCUUGGUCGACAUGGAAGAUCCGGAAGUGCAAGAAAAGCUGGUGGAAAAUUUGCAUCCAUUAAGAUACAAAGACCUACCAACUUCAGGAGUUGGGCCACUAGAUCGAUUAUUUGAGCUCUGUAGGGAAAUAGUCAACAAAAGAACAGCUUCCGCUGUUAUCAUCAACACGGUGAAAUGUCUAGAGAGCUCACCUCUGACACGGCUGCAACAUGAACUCGGAAUUCCGGUAUACGCAUUAGGCCCUCUUCACAUUACAGUUUCAGCAGCUUCUGGUUUAUUGGAAGAGGACAGGAGCUGUAUUGAAUGGCUGAACAAGCAAAAACCGAGGUCAGUCAUAUACAUAAGUUUGGGGAGCAUAGUUCAAAUGGAAACCAAAGAAGUGUUGGAGAUGGCUUGGGGAUUGUCUAAUAGCAACCAGCCUUUCUUAUGGGUCAUUCGGCCUGGCUCUAUCGCAGGCUCCGAAUGGAUAGAGUCACUGCCAGAGGAAGUCAGUAAGAUGGUCUCAGAAAGAGGAUACAUAGUGAAAUGGGCACCACAGAUAGUACUUGGACAUCUCGCAGUGGGAGGCUUCUGGAGCCACUGUGGAUGGAACUCAACACUCGAAAGCAUUGUGGAAGGAGUUCCAAUGAUCUGCAGGCCUUUCGACGGGGAGCAAAAGUUAAACGUACUGUCUUUAGAGAGUAUUUGGAGAAUAGGGUUUCAGGUGCAAAGUGAGGUAGAAAGAGGAGGGGUCGAGAGAGCUGUGAAGAGAUUGAUUGUUGAAGAAGAUGGUGCCAAAAUGAGGGAGAGAGCCCUUUUUUUAAAAGAGAAUCUCAAAGCCGCUGUAAGAAGUGGAGGCUCCUCAUACAACGCAUUAGAAGAGAUUGUCAACUACUUGAAAAGAGAGUGAAGAAGCUGAACUUUAUGUAUUAUAAGAAGAGCUUUGAAUUUUCUAGAUCAAGCUUGAUCUUGUAAAAUUUACAACGUUGGAAUUUGUAAUUUAUUUGACCCUUUGGAGGUCAUCAUGCCAAGGAAAAAAAUUAGAAAGAAGGAAUUUUGGGGCUUA